UCCGUUUCCGCUUCCGCUCAGUUCCUCCAAUCGGCCAUAUUCCGCCGAUCUAUCUCAACCAAGCCGCCGCUCCGUUGCCGUGAGCCCACCACAGUUUCAUUUCACAGGGGAUGGUCUUCCAUCUAUAACGAUACAAUUGAACAGAGUGAAUCGGGGGCAAGACAGGUGAUUUUAUCCAGAAACGCUGACAGAAAACGGGCCGAGAUGACGACGCGAUCGGAGAGGGAAAAGGCUCAGAAACUGAACGAGCAGCAUCAGGCCAUUCUGUCCAAAAUGCUGAGAGAGGAUGAUAACAAAUACUGCGCCGACUGCGAAGCCAAAGGACCUCGAUGGGCCUCUUGGAAUCUUGGUGUGUUUAUUUGUAUCCGCUGUGCUGGAAUACACCGGAACCUGGGAGUGCAUAUAUCACGCGUCAAAUCAGUCAACCUGGACCAAUGGACCCCCGAGCAGAUACAAAGUGUGCAGAGCAUGGGCAACACCAAGGCAAGACAGCUGUAUGAAGCUCAUCUCCCAGAAAACUUCAGACGGCUGCAAACUGACCAAGCUGUGGAGUUCUUCAUCAGGGACAAGUACGAGAGGAAGAAGUACUACAAUAAAAACGCUGUCAAUGGAACAAUUAAGUCCUCUGAUGCUGCUUUGCCUUCAAUAUCAUCUCCUUCUUCGCAAGCAGCUGAGAAAAGCAUCCUGGAGAAGGAGAGAGAGAAGAAAAAGGAGGAGAAGAAGAGGGAAAAGGACACAGAUAAAGGGAACAAGCCAGCAGGUUUUGAGAAGAAAGGAGAGGACAACCAGACAGAUUCCAGAAUCAGUCCUAAGAAGAGUGCAGAGCCUGCCAUCGACCUGUUAGGCCUCGGCAAGGAGGUCAGUUCCAGUAAGGCAGCUGGGAGCGCUCAGGCCAACCCCUCCGGAGGGGCUGUGGCAGGUGCUAUGGGCACAGGAAGUGCUGCUCCAGCACAGGGAGAUCUGGACCUGUUCAGCGAAACCAGCGGGAGUAGCAAAGCAGAGGACUCGGCCAAGAAACCUCUCUCCAAGGACUCCAUUCUCUCCUUGUAUGGCUCCAGCAACGUCCCACAACAGCCUGCACAAGCAACUGCGAUGUUCAUGGGCCCAUCUCAGAUGCAGUUCCCUGCACAGCCACAGGGGAACUUCCAGGCCUUCCCUGGGAUGGGAGGAGCCAUGCCGCCCACUACUAUGAUGGGGGCCGUCAUGGGGCAGGGCGGUGCUAUGAUGGGCCAGAAUACGGGCAUGAUGGUUGGCAUGACGAUGCCUAACGGUUUCAUGGGAAACGCACACCCAGGAGUAAUGGGCUUGGCCCCAGGCAUGAUGGGACCUCAGGGCAUGGUGCCCCCUCAAAACAUGUAUGCCAUGCAACCAGGUCAACAAGGACAGUGGAAUAUGGCACAGAUAAACCAACAGAUGUCUGGAAUGAACCUGAACGGUUCUGGUGCUCCAAUGGCAUUUGGGCCACCUGGUGCCCCCAUGGGCGGCUGGGUGGCACCCCCCUCCGGUCAGACCCUCAGCACCCAGCUCUGGAAGUAAAUGAAUGAGAGAAGAUGGAGGACAAGGGGCACCACAUCCUUCCAUCUCUCCUCUCCUCCUCCACCACUACUCGUACCCAGAGUUUUAUUCAUGUACUGUCAUUUUUUUUCUCCUUUCUCUUUCCAACCAUACUCUGGAGAGCAUCGAUUCAACCUUCCCUGUUUAUUGAUCAAGUGAGCGAGAGUAUGGAGUGUAAGAGACUGGCAGCUUUGAGCGUCUUAUUUGCAAUUUUUUUUUUCUUAUAUAUAUAUAUAUAUAUAUAUUUUAUUUUUAUUUUUUGUUUUUUUGGGGAGGGGGGUUUAAACACAUAUCAGCUACAAGAAAGCUGCUGGACCAAUUAUACAGGCUUCUAAUAUAUCUUUACCAAAUCAAUAGUGAGUCAUAGUAUUUAAAAGACAGAGGUAUGGCUAUCAUAUUUGUGAAUUCCCCCUCCUUUUCCUAUCUUGUGUAGCCCCAUGUCCCAGAACCCUGUAGCAAAUAUUGUAUAGACCCAUGUAAUGUAUGUAAUCAUGAGAUAGAUGAACCCCUCGCCCCCUCUCUCCGGCCUCUCACCCUACUGGAUUUGUGUAGCUCCAUGACAAACUCCACCUUAACUGUGAUGUUUUAAUGUGUGCGUUAACAGAGAAGCACAGUGAGUGGCAGACAAAUAAACCUGGACGACUGUACAGCUGUGACAGCUAACGGAAAAAGGGGGCAUUGGGGGUCAAUAAAAAGUUUUAGCCAGCUAGUUUUGAAAAGUAAGGACUGAUCAAAAGUUUGCAGUCGAACACGUCAGUCUCGCCGCUGUAGCAGAGCUUCUAUCCUCUCAGACAGGGUCUCUCUGCUGUGCAAUAAUAUAAACAUCCCCACCGUGUCAUCCAGGUUUAUUUCUAUAAUGUGUUUACAUUUUCUGGUGCCUAGUACAGAGACAGAAUAUUGUUAUUUCCGUGCAUUAAACCAUGAAUAGCCAUGAA